GAGUUACAUACUGCUACUUUCACUCACAAUGUCUUUCCUAUGUUCUUUAUUAUUCAUUGGGCACCCAGUAACCAUAACAUGUUUAUUUAGGCAAUUAGCCAUUGGAAUAAUCUUUACAAUUGCUAUUUCUUCAGUUCUAGCUAAAACCAUAACUGUUGUCAUUGCUUUUAAUGCCACAAAGCCUGGUAGUAAAUCAAGAAAAUGGAUAGGAUCCAAAAUUCAUACCUAUGUAGUCUCUUGUUUUUCACUUGGGGAAGCCACUUUAUGUUUUGCAUGUUUUUUACAAUCACCGCCAUUUCCUGAAAUAAAUACACAGGACAAACCAGACAAAAUAAUAUUACAAUGCAAUGAAGGAAUUGCAUUUUACCUUGUCUUGGGGUACAUGGGACUUUUGGCAUUUCUUUGCUUUAUUGUCGCCUUUUUAGCACGGAACUUACCAAGUAGUUUCAAUGAAGCUAUUCAUAUAACAUUCAGUAUGUUGAUUUUCUGCAGUGUCUGGCUGUCCUUUAUUCCUGCAUAUUUGAGCACUAAAGGGAAAUAUGUGGUAGCUGUAGAGGUGUUUGCAAUAUUAGCUUCAAGCGCUGGUCUGCUUUGUAUAUUCUUACCCAAAUGCUACAUUAUUAUUGUUAGGCCUGACCUAAAUAACAAAGGAAAUUUGAUUGGUAAAAAUGUAAAUAAAACAAUACAAUAGAGUCUUUAAAAUGUGACAUUCCACUUUCACUGCUGAAUUUAACUUAUGUUACUGACUGCAGAAUUAGAAACAUAAUUUCUUGCA